AUUUUGAUGGCUUUUCAUCACAUACUCAUAUAGGGGAACUCAGAAGGCCUGACGGAUGCGAUGACGAACAUUUAAAACUGAAAGCUGAAAUUACUCCUGCAAAUAUUACUGCCAACAACAAUUCAAUUCCUUUGUUGAAUGUCACUAACUUCAAGUCAUGGUAAGAGUAUCUCAACAUAGUUCUCGGAGUUAUGGAUCUCGAUCUCGCGUUAAGGAUUGGUUCUCCACCACCUCUUAGAGAUAAGAGUACCUCUAAUGAAAAGAGAGAUAUGGAAAAGUGGGAGAUAUCAAAUCGCAUGUGUAUGAUGAUCAUGAAGAAAGCCAUUCCAGAAACAUUCAGGGGCACUAUGUCCGACAAGGUUAAGACGGCUAAAGAGUUUAUGGCUAAUAUUGAAAAAGUAUUUGUCAAGAGUGAAAAGGCUGAAAUUGGUACACUCUUGACAAGUCUGAUUUCAAUGAGGUAUCAAGAAAAAAGUAACAUCAGGGAGUACAUCAUGCGAAUAUCUCAUCUUUUUUCUAAGUUGAAAGCACUUAAGUUGGACUUCUCUGAGGACUUGCUAGUGCAUUUGGUUUUGAUAUCCCUUCCACUACAAUUUAGUCAGUUUAAGGUGAGCUAUAAUAGUAAGAAAGAGACUUGGUCUCUAAAUGAGCUCAUCUCACACUGUGUCCAGGAAGAGGAUAGACUGAAGCAGGAAAAGAUAGAAAGUGCUCACUUAGCCGCUGUACCUAAGGACAAAAGGAAAUACAUGAAGAGAAAUAAUAAGGAAGCCGUGGAUACAACAACACAAGAGAAACAACAUUAUGAACCAAUUACAUAUGGUUGUUUCUUUUGUCAAGCUGCAGGUCAUAAAAAGAAGGAUUGUACCAACCAUCAUGCAUGGCGUGCAAAGAAAGGUACACCUCUUAAUUUUGUUUGUUCUAAGGUUAAUUUGAUUUCGGUACCAAGACAUAGAUGGUGGACAGAUUCUGGUAUAAUAACUCACAUCACUAUGUCUAUUCAAGGUUGCCUGAACUAUCGAAAGCCUAAUGAUGGUGAAAGAUACAUCUACAAUAGUGACAGCAAGUCGGUGAAAGUCGAAGCAAUUGGAACUUUUAGAUUAUUGUUAAGAACGGAUUUUAUUUGAAU